CAUAAUUCUCUUACCUAACUGAGCCAUUGCCGUGGCAACCACAGCCCAAAACGCAAAAGCUGUAAAUAAGGCUCCGGUUCGCAGCCUCCGCCCCUGCAUGUUUAUAUUAUUUCCGAGCACCGUCUCGCGCAUAUCUCUUCUUUGUCAUCCACUUACACCCGAUUGUCCGUCUGGAAGUCAACAUUUCUGGACUGAAUAUUUCCGCAGCACACCUUGCCGUAACACCUCACAACAUGGCAUCAGCAUUUGAACCAUCCCUCUCAACCAGCCGGCAGGGCAUGCCGAGCACGGGGCCAUCCCUCGCGGACACCUUGCCCAAUGUCGACUUCGGCUUCGACGAACUGCGCGACCGCAUGGCCAAGUUCACGGCAAAGUUUGACGCAUUCAUCGAGCAGGGCCGGAAGCGCGUCCUGGAGGAGAGGAACCAGUUCCGCAUGAGUGUGGCAGAACUUCAAGAGGACCAGCGCAUGAAGAAGAAGGACGUCGAGAUCCUGCAGCUCAAGACCAACACGUACCAGCAGACGAUGGCCAAGGAAGAGGCCGAGACGCGGGAGAUGCAGGGCGCGAUCGCGACGCUGACGGAGCAGCGCGACCGGCAGCUAGCGCACCGCGACGGGCUGAAGAAGCAGAUCGCCGACACGCAGGCAGACAUUGACGCGCGGCUGGCGGCGCAGCGCGCGCGCGCGCAGCAACUCGAGGCGCAGUCGAGGUUCAACGUGCCCGAGCUCGACUUCUGGGUCACCAACCUGUGCCUGCGCAUCGAGGGCGCGGGACAGGACGACCGCCUCCGCUUCGUCUACACGCACGUCGACGAGAGGGAGUGGGAGCGCGAGGCCUGGUUCGAGCUCUGCACCGCCGCCAGGGACUACGAUGUCCGCCACUGUAGGCCCAAGCUCGAGAGGGAGAAGGUGGACCGCGUCCUGGAGCGGGUGAACGAGACUAGGGAGUUGGCCGUGUUGCUCAAGGGGAUGCGGGAGUUGUUUGUCGAGGCUAUGAAAUCCUGAAAAGGGAGGGGGGAAGAAUAAGGGGAUUCGAGGCUUCGGCUCAGAUGUACAGUACCUCCCUCAUUGGGCUACUGGGUCGAGGUGAUAUUUGCUUGUGGAAAGGGUGCUCUUUUAACAAAGGUUGUACUACCUAUUCGAGUUUGCGCAUAAUGAGUGUUGGUUAUAAUUGUUGAGCUUCCAUAAUCUUCCUGAAGUCGCCCUAUCUAUCUUUAGGUAACUUCCAUGCUAUGAACGUUGAUCGAUCAUGUCUGGAAGUCAAAUUCGUGCCGCUUUCUGCUUCUUCAGCACAAGGAGCGCUUCCCCCACUUACCAAACCUAAUGGUGGUGACGUGGGGCGCGAUUGAUUCUCAGCAGAAAACCGAAUCAUCGCACAGUUCGCACCAAACA